AUGGUGGUGACAGCUGUAGUGGUAGUGAUGGAGAUGCCAAUGGUGACGGAGGUGACGGUGGUGGUGGUGAUGGCAGUGAUGGUGACUGAAAUGGCAGCGACACCGGUGGUGCUGAUGAGUUUGAUGACGGAGAUGGCUGCAGUGGUGGCAACAUUGGCGUCUCUGGAGGAGGAGGAGGUAUUAAGGCGUAAUGGCCAUGAGUACGACUAUAUAGAGGUGGCGGCGGCGGAGAUCGAAAGCGAUUGGGUAUCAUAG